AUGGCUGCCAUCAACGGCGUAGAAUUAUGGAAACUUGCUCUACUUUCACUAACUACCAUUGGAGAUGUUAAAAACUGCACAAUAUUGGCAUUAAAUUCGGAGCCAGCCUCAAAAGAUCUUGUUGUCUUUAUACUUGAGCAUGUUUCGAAAAACUUUUCCCCAUCCGAUUGCAUCGAUAUUAUUCGUAUCAUCACAGAACACAUUGAAGAGAUUGGAAUUAACCAGUUCAUUUCUGUGGACGAAUUAAAAUUAAUGUUCGGCCAAGUUUAA